UCCGGACAACUCCGCCGCCAUUAUGGUGAAGCUCGCUAAGAACGUUAAAAAUCAGCCCAAACAAAAGAAAAUGACUACCCUUCCCCCAAAGGAAAUUGAUGACAGUGAAGAAGAGGAGUCAUCAGAAGAAGAGGAGAGCAGCGAGGAAGAGAUGCUGGCUCCCAAGAAAGCUGCGACCCCAGCAAAAGCAGCUACUCCCAACAAAAAGGCAGCCACUCCCGCGAAGAAGGCGGUAGCCACUCCUGCCAAGAAAGCAGCUGCUCCUCCUCCUGCCAAGAAGACACCGGUCCCUGCCAAAGGAGCCAAAAACGGGAAGAACGCAAAGAAGGAAGAAAGUGAGGAGGAAGAGGAUGAUGACGAGGAGGACGAGGACGAGGAGGAAGAUGAUAGUGAGGAAGAUGACUCUGAGGAGGAACCUGCUGUGCCGGUGAAGAAAAGGGGAGCCCAAGGACCUCAAAAGAAGCCCACUGCAGCCCCUGUCAUCCUGAAGCAACUGGACGAAGACGAAGACGACGAGGAGGAUAGUGAAGAUGAAGAGUCCGAAGAUGAGCCCAUGGAAAUCACUCCAGCAAAAGGAAAGAAAGCUGUUCCGGCUAAAGCGACCCCUGCCAAGGCAGCCGCAGCAAAGGAGGAUUCGGAGGAAGAUGAUGAAGACUCCGAGGAGGAGGACGACGAGGAGGAGGAAGGGGAUGAAGAGGAGGACGACGAGGACGACGACGAGGAUGAAGGAAGUUUGGCUAUGUAGAUUUCUCCUCUGAAGCCGAACUGGAUAAAGCCCUCAAAUUAAAUGGGAAAAAACUGAUGGGCCUGGAAACGAAACUAGAAAAAGCAAAGAGUAAAGAGAGCCUGUGGGAGAAUAAAAAAGAGAGAGAAGCCAGGACCAUUUUCGUGAAGAACCUUGCUUACAGUGUCACCCAGGAGGAGCUGCAUGCCGCAUUUGAGGAAGCCGUCGAGGUCAGGCUGGUGUCCAAGGAUGGGAAUAGCAAAGGGAUUGCCUACAUCGAAUUCAAAAGCGAGGCCGAUGCGGAGAAAGCUCUGGAGAAGCAGGGGAUGGAGAUCGACGGCCGUCCCAUUGUCCUUGACUACGUAGGUGAAAAGAGCCAGCAGGAUAGCAGGAAACCUGGCAAGGGAGCCCCCUCAGGGGGAGAAUCCAAAACGCUGGUGGUGAACAAUCUGUCUUACGAUGCGACCGAGGAAAGCCUCCAGGAGGUCUUUGAGAAAGCUUCGGCCAUCAGGAUUCCCCAGAACAACCAGGGACGGCCCAAGGGGUAUGCCUUCGUCGACUUCGCCACCACCGAGGAGGCAAAGGAAGCCAUGAACUCCUGCAACAACACAGAGAUCGAAGGCCGCACAAUCAGACUAGAAUUCAGCAACUCUGGCGGACAGAACAGAAAUACCAACGUUAAAGGAGGCUUCAGUCAGCAAAGCAAAACCCUGUUUGUCAAAGGGCUGUCAGAGGAAACCACCGAAGAGACAUUGAGAGAAUCCUUCGACAGCUGCAUCGGGGCCAGAAUAGUGACCGACAGGGACACCGGCUCCUCCAAAGGCUUUGGCUUUGUGGACUUCAGCUCCACCGAAGAUGCCAAAGCAGCCAAGGAAGCCAUGGAGGACGGAGAGAUCGAUGGAAACAAAGUGACCCUCGAUUUUGCCAAGCCCAAGGGGGCCACUCCCCGCGGGGGAGGCGGCGGAGGAGGAGGCUUCGGCCGGGGCAGCAGAGGCGGACGUGGCGGCAGAGGAGGCUUCGGGGGCCGGGGAGGAGGCAGAGGCUUCGGAGGCAGAGGAGGCGGCUUCAGGGGAGGCCGAGGAGGAGGCGGUGACCACAAACCACAAGGGAAAAAGAUCAAGUUUGACGACUGAGGCGGCGUGCGCGUUCCUUUGCAUCCGAAAGGACUCUGGGGUUUUAAUUGGGUCACCUUGAAAUGACAGAGCCUUCCGAGGACAUUCCAAGACACGCCACAGUCCCCGGGGGGCUCCUCCGGGGGCUCCCCUCCACAAAGAAAACAGCCAAUCGACUGCCUGUGGCCGCCGCGCAUAAGAACUUUUUAAAAAGCAACAAGAAAUGUGGGAGUUGACCCUGUGUCCAUGUAUUUCCCCGCCCUGAAUUUAUAACGUUUUACCCAUGUACAAAAAUUUAACUUCCUUAUACAUUUCUGUAGGCUUUUUCUUGGUUCCCCCCCCCCCCAUCCCUUGCUGUAAAAAUGCAAAAAUGUUUUAUCAUUUGUGUCUCGGCAAACUGUCUAGGACAGAUUAAAGGGCCUAAAUGGAG